AUGGCACAAGCAGGAACAGUUUGCUUUAUCCAGUAUCCUCAGCCAUAUGCUUUUGUUGCAUUUCUUCUGAUGGAAUUAUACAAUUUUGUUUGCCAGGCUGACCCAGAGUUGGAAGCUAUCAGGCAGAGGAGGAUGCAAGAACUAAUGGCACAGCGUGGUGGGGCAAAUCAGCAGAAUGCGGGCCAACAAAAAGCUCAGGAAGAUGCGAAACAGGAAGCUGAGGAGCGCCGACAGAUGAUGCUUGCUCAGAUAUUAUCUUCUGAAGCCAGAGAAAGGCUCUCCCGCAUAGCUUUGGUCAAACCUGACAAAGCAAGAGGGGUGGAGGAUGUUCUGCUGAGAGCUGCUCAAACUGGUGGAAUAUCUGAAAAGGUGUCUGAAGAAAGGCUUAUCUCCCUUCUGGAGCAAAUUAACACCCAGACAAGCAAACAAACCAAAGUCACGAUUCAGAGGCGCCGAAGUGUCCUUGACGACGAUGAUUAG